UAAAAAACAGACAAGGAGAUGCACAUGUAUUAACGGCGUCAGUGCCAGUUCAUCGCAAAACGUUUGCAAGAAAUUGCUUGUAUCGACGAUGGGAAUCUGGCAGCAGUAAGAAAUACACUACACAAAAAAAACCCAGCAGCAAUUAUGGAGCUGGGGAACAUUCAACACACUAAAACUCCUCACCUGGCGAUAUCCCUACCCGAGAUUAUCAGAAAUAUUACCGCCUUUCUGCCCAUUUCUGACCUGCGCAUAUGCACUCUACUCAACGCGGGAUGGGAGCGUGAAGCCAGACAUCAUAUUCGGGUGCGUUGCAAAUUUCGGGGAACUAUCCGUUAUACCAAUUCGUAUCAAAGGUAUGAACGAGCAAUGUCCAUUCGAUCUGAUUUUCUGGAAACUACGCAAUUGGAUUGGGAAUACGAUCAAGUUUCGGACGAGUUUCUGCCCCGAUUUCGAAGCCUUGCUGAAAUAAGUACCGGCAAAGUGAGACACUUAAUCGUCAGCUUUUUUCUGAAUGGUGGAACACAACCCAAGCAAUUUUUUGAAAUUAUCAAAAUGUUUGGAAAUCGUUUGACAUCUCUGCAACUAAGGUUCUUCACCGCUUACAUUCGUUUCUCUACCGAACCACAGAAUGCAAAUAUGCUCCCCACUGGGAACCUAUCCGCUUUCCUGGCAGACUUCAACCCCGGCGAAGAUUUGAUAUUCCCCUCAAUCACAAAACUCUGCUUGGACACGCAAAACAUUGCAGACAGCUCUGACAUGUAUCAUGCUCUUGUGGUUAAAAUCUCAGGCCUAUUCCCUAAUGUGACCUGCCUCCAGUACAUAUCUCCUCGGCGGGAAGGAUUUGAAUUUGUGUUUCGUCCAGAGGCCCCACCAUUUCCGAAACUGAAAUCCCUAUCCGUCAGAAAUCCAUGCAAACAUCCCGAGGCCGGAAACUUUCUUACUAUAAUAAAACCUUUAAAGUCCUUCCUUCGUCAAAUCAGCCGCCUUGGGUUUUGCAUUGACAACUACGCGCCAUCUUUUGGGACAAGCCUGCUCCAAAUUUUGGCACCCUUUCUGCAUCAUUUAAACAUCGAGAUUAUGGAUAGGGGGGCAGAUGAAGGAAACAGCACGGUUCUCCAUAUCCCAAUCAUGCCAAGGUUACAGGUGCUCAAAAUCUGCCGGCACGCAAACGAAUGCACCACUGCGCAGAAUAGGUGCGAAGUGCGGGUAAAAUUUGAAACGGAAGAUCCCGCCGAUAAGGUCAAGCUAAACUAUGCGAAACAGUUCCCAGUUUUGGCAGUACUUUCAGUUAAAUAUCCGAAUCGUGGGAAAAGAGAGGAGGAGCAGGCUACGUAUUUUGAAUCGACGGUAGCGUUUUUGUAUGAUUCUUUCACCCCGGGGGGAAAUGGGGUAAGGUGCGAAACGCUGCGUGAAUUAAAUGUCCCGCUCCCACCGAUGGAAAUGUUCAGGUUGAGAGGGGUAAAAGCGGAUAAAGUGUGUAGUUUCAAAAGCUGUAGAUGUUAUGGUUGGCAGAGUUCAACGAAUUUUUUGGACCGGAUUUCUGCAACUUUUCCAAACCUGCGGUACCAUGUGUUUGAUCAGCUGAGGAGUAAGGUGGUAAAGGGGUGGGUUCAGGUGGGGUUGAAUUUGGGCGUGUUGCAGAAAUCGGGUAAUGGAGAGGGCGAAAUUCGAAUGGAUUUAGGGCGGGGAAUCGAAAAGAUUGUGGAAUGAAUUUUGAGAUUGGUUAUUGACUAGUUUUUUAUUGGUUGAUUUAAUUAAUUUUGAUUUUAACAGGCCUUUUGAGUUACAUAUGUAUAUUUAUUUUAUGGAGAAAUUAUGCAUAAAGAUGUGUCUAAGUAACGAUUUUAACCAUUUUGAUGACUCAUGGAAAUUUUAGAAAUACAUAUUCCCCAAUAUUAAAAAAGGUAUUUCAAGGUAAACAUGUACUUAAGUAUGUAUGUUAUUUAUGUAUAAUUUGGCAACAAAAGCAAUA